CAAAGCAAGAUGAAGGAUUUCGUGUUGUUGCUUCUCUUUUACCAUGUUGUAUCUCCAGUGAAACACUCCUUGACAUAUUUGCUGACUGAAUCAUCUGGACUCCAAACCUUCCCAGAGUUUGUGGCUGUUGCUGUGGUUGAUGAAGUUCAGGCGGGUUGCUGUGACAGCAACAGCAAGAGAGCAGAACCCAAACAGGACUGGGCAAAAAAAUUAAUCAAAGAUCAUCCUCAGCAGUUGGAGUUUUACACUCAGAUCUGUGUGUCUAUCUAUGUAACUCUAAAAACUGACCUUGUCACUUUGGAGCAGUACUUAAACCAAACUGGAGAUGUCCACAUUUUACAGGUUAUGGCUGGCUGUGAAUGGGAUGAUGAGACUGAAGAGGUUAUUGGUUUCACUCAGAUUGGUUAUGAUGGAGAAGACUUCUUAUCAUUUGACCUCAAGACACUGACAUGGAACGCUUACAAACCACAAGCUGUCAUCAUCCAGCACAAGUGGGAUCGUGAAAAAGCUCAAUCAAUCUUCAUUAAGAACUUCCUCACCAAUAUUUGCCCUCAGUGGCUGAAGAUGAGUCUGGACUAUGGGAAGAGCUCUCUGCUGAGAACAGACCUUCCCUCAGUGUUUCUCCUCCAGAAGACUCCCUCCUCUCCAGUCAGCUGCUUCGCUACUGGUUUCUACCCUCACAGAGCCGAUAUGUUCUGGAGGAAAGAUGGAGAGGAGCUUCAUGAGGAACGUGGAGAGAUCCUCCCCAACCAUGAUGGAUCCUUCCAGAUGAGUGUUGACCUGAACGUUUCAUCAGUAUCACCUGAUGACUGGAAGAAGUAUGAAUGUGUGUUUCAGCUCUCUGGUCUAAAGGACGACAUCAUUACCAAACUGGACAAAGCUGUGAUCAGGACCAAUUGGGGUGAGACUGGAAUCAAAUGUUACACAUCUACUAACAACAUCACUGAGCUCUCUGAGCAACUGAAUCCAGAAGCCUGA